CACGGCUUCUCACAUGCUUAUCGCAGUCACAGUUACAAAUACUCCGACAGAUUCUUUUGACAGCGGCUUAGGGAAACGGUGAACAUGCCUCUUAUACAUUAACAGCUAGCUCUGUUGGUAAAUCGCGCGUUGGGAAAUCGUUAGCAGCAGCGGCGCUAUGUCUGGAGAACACGAGCCACCCCCACCGGGAGCUGACGAUGAGCCGAAGGCUCCAGGAUUGGAGGACUCCUCACAUGACGUAGGGCAGGUAGCUACGACGGACGCUGGUGCUGCCGAUCCCGCCGCAUAUGCCGCGUAUGGCUAUCCUCCGGGUUAUGCGCCCUCCUACUCUGACUACUACAACUCGGCGUACUACUACUCGGCGUAUUCAGGUUACCCCGGCUAUGCAGCAUACGACUAUUACGGAGCAGCAGCAGCACCGGCUGUUCCAGACACGAGCGCAAGCGUGAAAGCGGUGGUCAAUUCUGCGGUGCCGGUUCAGGUUGUACCGCUCAAACCGACAGCAACCAAGGCGGGAGCAAGUAAGGGCAAGGCGGCUGAGAAGGAUGGAAGCGCGGCAAAGCCUGCAGCUCCAGCAGCAGAGAAAAAUGGAAGCACGGCAUCAGCUGGGGCGCGCAAAGCAGAGGCGGCAGCAGCUGAGAUGGCGGAGGAUGAGGACGACGAUGCGAUGGCGCUGCCGCCGCCGUCAGAGCCGAAGCCCUCUGCCGCGGCGGCGGCUGCUAUCAUUUCGCACGAGGAGGAGCUAACGGAGUUUCAGCGCAAGAUGUUGGAGCUCAUGGAGAAGAAAAAGGAGGAGGCGGAGCGAAAGACCAAAAAGCCCGUCGCGCCCACGCUGCACACCCUCCGGGGCGCACGUCUCGCCAUGAAUCCUGGCUCAGCCACUGGCCCCGGCACAGCCACAACCUCCGGGCCCGCGUCCCGCACGGCUGGUGCCGACGGCAGCGGCCGACCCGGCGGGUCGGUGCUUGCAGCCUUCACAGAGGACGCCCCUCAGCCCAAGGGCGAGGGAGCCGCUGCAGCUUCCAGCAAAAAGCACGCUAUCGGCGGCCUGACAGGCCUCAACCUUGCCAUGUCAGGCUCCGUUCCGACGUUCGACGGCCCGACGCCGGCAGAGCUCAAGUACGGCAGGCCGCGCAGUCGCUCGCCGCCCCCGCGCGGCCGGAGCCACAGCCCUCGAGGCAGGAGCUGGAGCCGUGGGCGGAGCUACAGUCGCAGUCGUAGCAGAGGCCGUGGGCGAAGCUACAGCCGCAGCAGGAGUCCUCCGGGGUACAGGGGCCGGAGCAGGAGCUAUAGCCGCAGCCCGAGGCGUAACGAUGGUUACGGUUACCGUGGCAGAGGGCGCGGGGAGUUCCGAGGCCGCGGCGGCUGGCGGGGCCGUGGGGGCUACGAGGGCCGCGGGCGAGGACGCGGCGGACCCUGGCGAGGACGCAGCGCUAGCCGCUCCCCAAGCCGCAGUCGCAGCCCCCGCGGGCGCAGCGGCAGCCGCAGCCCAGCCCCCGGCCCAGCACGCCGCAGUCCACAGCCCCGGGAGGGCCCGCCGGGACCUGGCGGCCCGCGCUGGGAGGGCGGCGGCCGGCAGCCCAACCGCAGCCCCUCGCCGGGCGGCAGUGGCAGCCCGCGGCGUCGGGAUGAGGGGCCCGGAGAGGAGGGCUUCAGGCCGCGUGAGGCGAGGUUCCGCCGCCGCAGCGACGACAGCGGCGGCUAUGACGGACCUCCCAGCAGCUACCGUGGACGCGGUGGUCGCGGCGGGCCGUGGCAAGGCCGGGGCCGCGGAGGAAGAGGUGGCGGUGACUGGCCGCCGUACGAUUCACGUGAUCAACCGUACGACAGCUACGAUGAGGGCCCCUCCGGGCCCGGCUCCAGCCGCGGUGGACGUGGCAGCGGCGGCGGUGGGUUCUAUGCCCGUGGUGGCGGCCGUGGUGGCAGGCCUUACGCGGAGGGCGACGAGGCGGACUACUACGAGGGCGGCGGAUACCGGGGCCGGGGUCGUGGGCCGCCGGCUGGGGGCAGAGAGGCGUUCUAUGGGCGCGGCGGCCGGGGGCGGCAUCCAGGGAGAGAUGGGCGUCCGUACGAACAUGACGACCGGCGCUACGACGAUGAUCACGAGUACGGCCGCGGCGGUGGAUGGUACGAUCGCGACCGCGGUGCUGCUGCCGCUGCGCCCCCGGAGGAGCGCUGGCGGCCGGAGGUGCCUCCUGAGCUGGAGGGGCCUCCGCCGCCGCCGUCAUCAGGCCCGCGGGAACGUGGCGGCAAGGCCGCCGCUGCUGGGCCAGGUCCAGGGGCGGGUGCUGCGGCUGCGCCGGCGGCAGCGGCGCUUGACCGGCGGCCGUCUGCUGCGGCAGCGGCGAUGGCGGCGGAGGAGGAGGGGGCGGAAGCAGAGCGGCGGCGCGCAGAGGUGGCGAGGAAGGCCGCGGCUGCCCGGGAGGCCGCUGAGAAGAGCGCGUACGACUUCAUGAAUGAGUUUGACGAGCUGGAUCGGAUUGAUACGGCAGCUAUCCUUCCGGCAGUUGCGGCCGCGGCAACGGCGCCGCCACCGCCGCAGCAACAGCAGGAGCCGGCGCAGCCGCGGCUGCCUGCUGACGCCAGCGCUCUCAGGGAAGAGGCGGGGGCGCGGGGCGGCGAACGAGCUGGCAGCAGGGGCAUGGAGGUGGAUGCUGUGGUCUCAGGAGCAGAUGUUGGUGCGGGUGGCGGAGGAGGCGAUGCGGAGGGCGGCGAGGUGACGGAUGGCGAGGGCGAGGGCGCAGGGGCGGAGGCGAAGGCACAUAAGAAAAAGCAUAAGAAGAAGCAUAAGAAGGAGAAAGACAAGGAGAAGAAGGAAAAGAAAGAGAAGAAGAAACGCGAAAAGGAGCGUGCCGGCGGUGGCGGAGGCGAGGAGGAGGAGGGCUUGCCGUACAAGGGCGACGCCGGCGGCGGGCCGUCCGAGGGCGCAGGCCGGAGGUACGGCCAGGGUCCGGACCAGUCGCCGUACUAUGAAGGGGCGCCAGCGGAUCGAGGCGGCGGCGGCGGCCCAGGGCCCCGUGGCGAGUACGACCGACCUGGUAGCGACGUCGAGGAGGGCAACCGGGGGCGUUACGGUGGUGCGGGCGGUCCAAGCCCUGGCUACGAUGAUGGCGGCGGCCGGGGCCGAGGCGGCUACCGGGGCCGAGGCGGGUACGGCGGCGGCCGAGGCGAAUACUAUGAUGGCGAUCGAGGGGAUGGCGGCGGUGGUCGUGGCGAGUACGGUUUCCGAGGGCGAGGCCGCGGGGACUUCCCACCAGGCGGGUACCGCGGGAGGGGACGCGGCGGCCGGUACGGCAGCGGUGACUACUACGAUGACUUUGACCGGCCUAUCAAACGACCACGGCACGACGGCGACGAGCCCUCACAGGGUGGUCCUGACCGACGACCCACGGGUCGUGGAGGCGGCGGCUGGUACGACGACCGUCCCGGCGACGAUGGCGACGAGCCCGGUCACGACAACGGUGGUAGGCCCGGCGGGCGUCCGCCACGUCGCUUCAGCCCUGGCGGCCGCUCCCUCUCUCCUCCGCCUCCACAGCGGCGGCGGCCCUCCCGCUCCCGGUCCCCAGGGCCAGGUCGCGGUCGGCCCCGAGGCGGCGGAGGCGGCGGCGGUCCGCCUCGUGGUCGCUUCGAGUGGCGCUCCCGCUCCCCACGCUCCCGCUCCCCGUCACGUGGGUACUCCCGCUCCCCGCCGCCGCCACGCAGCCGGGGAGGGCCGCCGCCGUACCGAGGCGGUGGCGGACCUCCGCGUUCCCGCUCUCCGCGCCCUUACCGCGGAGGCUCUCGCUCCCCCCGUUCACGCUCGCCUCACUCGCGCUCGCCGCCGCCGCGGCGCGGCGGCUCCCGAGGCCCCGCCGACAGUGGCGACGCCGCCGCCGCUGAGGCCCGCAACAAGGAGGACAUGGCGGCGGAGUUGGCGCGGGCAGCGGAGCUGGCGCGCGCCGCAUCUCAGUUGGCGGCGGGCCUGACGGUGCCCAUUCCCACCAUGCCCGCGGCGCCCAACCAGCAGCAGCUCUCGCGGCAUGCGCGGCGGAUCUACGUGGGUGGGCUGCCAGGCGGCAUGUCGGAGGUGAACCUCACGCAGUUCUUCAACAGCGUGAUGAUGGCGGCGGGCGCGGUGACGCAGCCGGGCCCGCCCAUCAUGUCGUGCUACAUGAACAACGAGAAGCGCUUUGCGUUCCUGGAGUUCAGGUCCGUGGAGGAGACCUCCAACGCCAUGGCCUUUGACGGCGUGCAGUGCCAGGGCGAGACGCUCAAGGUGCGCCGCCCGCACGACUACAACCCCGCCGCCGCCAAGCUGCUGGGCCCCACCGAGCCCUCCCCGCGCAUCAACCUGGCGCUGCUGGGGGUGGUCAACACGCUGGUGGAGGACGGACCUAACAAGGUGUUUGUGGGCGGACUGCCGGGGUACUUGUCGGAGGAACAGGUGCGGCAAAUCCUGCAAGCCUUCGGCCCGCUGCGCGCCUUUAACCUGGUGACGGACCGCGAUACGGGCGCCUCCAAGGGCUACGGAUUCUGCGAGUACGCCGACCCCAGCAUCACCGAUGCGGCCAUCCAGGGCCUGUCAGCGCUCAUCAUUGCCGGCAAGCCGCUCACCGUGCGCCGCGCCAACACCUCUGGAGAGGCCUCCCUCACGCUGCAGGCCCUCAUUCAGCAGCAGCAAGCGUCCCUCGCAACAGGCGCGACGCCGCCGGGCGCAGCUGCCGCCGCGGCGCAAGCAGUGGCGGCGCUCAACGCCGCCACGGCGGCGGCGGCGGCAGCCGCCGCCUCCAUCGGCACGGGCGCUGCGGCGGCGGCGGCGGCGCCCCCUCCGGCCCCACCUCCGUCAGGCCCGACUGUGGUCCGCCUCUCCAACAUGGUCUCCCGGGAGGACCUGGUGGACGACGGCGAGUAUGCAGAUCUGGUGGAGGACGUGACGCAGGAGGUGGCAAAGUACGGCAAGCUGGUGGGGGUGGAGAUUCCGCGGCCGGCUGGGGCUGAUGGUGGGGGUGAAGAUCCGCCGGGCGUGGGGUUUGUGUUCCUGUGCUAUGAGGACCCAGCAGGCGCGAAGCGGGCGCAGGUGGCGCUGAAUGGACGGAAGUUUGGGGAUAACCUGGCUGAGGCGACGUUUUACGAUCGGGCGAGAUAUGACGCGAAGGAUUUGGCGUGAGGCCAUACUAGGAUGUUGUGGGUAGGAAUGGGUGGGUGAAGAUGACUUCGGGUGUUCAAGCACGGUGUUACGGCAGCGGCGGGUGUCGUGGUUAAGGAACAGGGUGCUCAACGGUUGGAUUUGUAAAAGUGAAGGAAAGAAGGAUGUGGGUGCUGGCUUCCCGGCAUGGACUGUGCGGCCUGCGAGCAGGUGGCCGCCUACAAAGCUUGGAGGGUGCGACCCCAAGCAAUGUGUAAGAUCGGUGGUUGAUGACAAAGACAUGUUGUGUCGCACUCUUGGAUGGCCAAAUUGUAAAAUUGCUGAAUGAAACAAUUCCAAUGCACGCUUUAAUAACGUCCUGUAUCUUGAUGUGCUUUAUCCAAGAAGGAUAAGUCUGCAUAUUAAUCAGCUUCGGUGCCUGAUUAGCCGGAUCAACGUUGCAUAAGCGCUAUGGGAUGUCCAAGCUAUCGGCUUUUCAUGUUACUUCACUGCUAGCAGUAUCGCAUGCGAUCGCUGUCGGAGUCUUCCUGCAUGGAUUUCUAUUGACGCGCCUCGAACUGCCGAAUAUCAGCAACUGCCAAGAUGGGGAGCUAUCUAUUUUUCCAGACGCUACAGAGUCUGCAAAGGCUCUUGGGACCAGAAAUUACGGGUGCUGGUCUGAGCCGGCCUUCGACCGCGCCAUCAUUGUAAUCAUUGACGCGCUUCGAUACGACUUUGUCUUUGGCGACAAUGGCACAAGCCACAUGCCAAAGCUGUUGGGUCUCUUGGAAGAUGCGGGAGAUGCUGGUGCCGCCUUCAAAUUUGUCGCCGACACGCCAACUAUCACCAUCAGCAGGCUUAAGGCCAUCCUUACGGGUGGCCUGCCCACGUUCCUGGACAUCGGUCAGAGCUUCUCCGCAGCCGCCCUGACCGAGGACAACCUGCUGUGGCAGAUGCGCGCCCAGGGCCUCAGAGUGGUUGUGAUGGGGGACGACACCUGGGCGCAACUGGCCCCGCCCUCCGCCUACACCGCCUGCCACCCCUUCCCGGCAUUCGACGUAAAGGACCUCCACACAGUGGAUGACGGCGUGUGGCGGCACCUGCUGCCCUACCUCCACCCGCCGCACAACGCCGCCACCAACACCCCCGGCGCUGGAGGGCCCCAGCAGGGCCCUCCUGAGCCCGCCUCUGGCCCUGUCGUCACUGCUGCCGAGGAGGACGCUGCCUCCGGCCGCCACCUCCCGCAGCAACGGCAGCACCGCCAACAACAUCAACACCAGCCACAACAUACCCAGCAGCAGCACAAGCCCCAGCGGCCCCCCUCCCCUUCCUCCUCCCCUUCCUCCUCCUCCUCCCCCUCCCGGUGGGACCCCGGGUGGGAGGUGCUGGUGGCGCACUACCUGGGGGUGGACCACGCGGGGCACACGUACGGCGGCAGCAGCGGCGAAAUGUACGACAAACUGCGUCAGAUGGACGAGCAGGUCUCUGUGGUGGCGGAGGCGUUGCUAGCGGGAGCGACGCCGGCAGGAAC